AUGGAUAUCCCCGACACUGUCAAGUCCCUCCCCGAAGACCUCGAAAGCAUAGCUCUCGACAAGUUCGACAAACUCCAGGAGAAAGGCGACUUGCUCUAUAUUCCUCCACGACAUCAUGUUGUCACCCAUGACGGGUUCACAUUCGACUUCAUCAUCUCCGAAGUCCUGACCAAAAAGCCCCAACUCGCAGACGCCGCCCAAAAGCCCGGUGGUCCCUUCCCCAACCCAGACCCCUCCUACAUCGUCGCCCCCUUCGUCGGGCCAGACCACUACCUCACGCUAAACAAAUACUCCGUCUCCCGCCCCCAAUACAUCCUCCCCACCCUCACAUACUCCCCCCAAGCCUCCCAGCUCACCCCCUCCGACCUCUCCGCCGCCUUCGCCGUUCUGCUUUCGCUGAAAACAGAGCACAUGGUCAUCUACAACUGCGGCCCGGCGGCCGGUGCGUCGCAGGGGCACAAGCAUUUGCAGAUCCUGCCUGUGCAGAGGGCGGCGGGGUUUAGGUUCUUCACUGACGACAUUUCCAUCCCGACUGAGAGGCCGGUGGUGGUGGAGGGGGUGCCGCAUAGAUGUUUCGUUGUCGCGGUGCCGGAUGAGGCAAAGGUGGAGGAUCUGGUAGCGAGGCAUGAGCAAUUGCUAGCUCUCACCUACGCCGCCCUCGACAGGGUAAGCGCGGCAAGGAACUACAACAUCAUCAUCGCCAAAUCCUGGAUGAUGGCCAUCCCCCGCGCGCAUAGGGACCGCGACGGCAUCGCGACGAAUGCAAUGGGCAUGGUCGGGGUGUGUUGGGUGAAGCACGAAGAGGAGAUGCGCGGGUGGGAGAGGUUGGGGUGGGGGGAGCAUUUGAAGUGGUUGGGUAUGUCGGCGUGA